AAGUCCCCGGCUACUAUGGAGAGAGCUUGCGGAUGCAGCCUCACACACCUGUUAACAGCGUCACAGAGCUCAUCCAAAGCUGCCUUGGCGUUAGCUUGGGGAGGGGAGGGCCACUGCUUACAGAACAGACCAAUCCCAGCUGUUGUGAUCUGUGUAGACGUAACAGCAGUAACUGAUUGUGAAGAACAUCAGGAGAACAGCACAGCUCUUCAGUUACUGAUCAAGAUGAGAGGCUUACUGUUCCUGCUCAGCACUCUGUUCCUGCUGGAGUCAACUAAGGGAGUGAAAUAUGAAGAGUUAAAUGAAGAUGACAGAAAAAUUGUUGAUGAGGCAAUAGUACAAGGCAAUAAGAAGACUGAAAAAUCCAAACACCUCGACUUUUACAGUAUCACAACCACGGGGAAUGUACGUGAGGUGAUACUGAGACCCACCUCAUGUGACAAAACAACACCGAGUGUCCAUCUUAUACAAUGUGAAACCAAAGAUGAGACACCUAAGGUUUCCUGUAUUUACUGUAAUGGAAAGAUGAAACCAUGUUUAUUUAUUAAGCAGAAAGAAGAGCAGAUACAAAAAACUAUGGAUGAAUGUAAGAAACCUUUAUCUGGGGAAGGACAUCGAUUGUUCUGAAAAGGAGGAAAUGAACAGCAACUAACUGGAUGUCUUGGAUGCAUCUGAAAUGAAAAAAUUAUAAAUAACAUUCGCAACAGCCCAUUUGAAAAAAAAAACAAAAAAAUGUUUUAUAUAUAUAUAUAUCUAUAUAUAUAUCUAUAUAUAUAUAUAUAUAUAUUAAAUGUAAUGUGUGAAAGAUUUCUUUUUUAUAUUUAUAUUUUAUAUAUUUUUUCUUUUUUAUUAUUAAUCAUUUUAAAUUACAACUAACAUUUCUUCUCUUGUAGGCUUAACAUCCGUAUUAUUUUAGUAACACUUUAGUUAGAGUUUAUGUGUUGAAAUGUCGAAUGUAUAUGAAAAAGUCGGCUACACGUCUGCCUGAAUAUAAGAAUAAUCAUAACAACACAUGACUUUAAUGACAAGCAAACUUAUGAAGAGCCAAUAAUAUUAGACAAAAAUGAUGUAAUGAAUCAUGUCAUCUUUGCCACACAAAUAUGCAAUCAAACUGUUGGAUACUGUUAUACUGAGCUCCUCCUGGCCGUGAUUAAAGUUUAUCUACAAGCA